UGGAAACAUUCUUCCAUGAGUUGGUCUAAUAAAAGAUACCAGAUUUACCCAAAGAACCUUGUCUGUCUUUAAAGGGACCUGACAUUCAGAUGCACCCACCCUCUGAAAACUGAAACUUUUUCAGGAAUCUCUGAGCAGGGCACUGUCCAGUCGCAAGGGCUCCAGGCUCCAAAGUGCAAACCCAUGUACCUGCAGAGAGCACUGCUCUCCCACACCAGGUAAGCAUCCCCACCUGUCUCACCAGAGGGUCGGCUGGGAGUGGUCCGCAUGAUCAUGUGAGUUGACUUCUGCAAGGAAGUGGGAGACCUUGCAUCUUUCAGGAGCUGUGCAUCAGCUUAUAGGAUCAAGCCCUUGACUAACACUGGCUCCAGGUCAGAUCUUUAAGGAGAUGUGAGAUUAUCACUUGACAGCUACUGUCGGUGGCAGAAACCAUUGGAAGAAUAGACAUGGAGUGGAAGGCUGCUCAGAAAUAAAGGCUAAAGAAAUGUAUUUAUAAGACCCAAACUCCUCCUGGACAGUCCAUGCUAAAGUCCUGGGUUUUGGGUUAUUCUAUUCAGUGAGGGCAUCUUUGUAACUCAUAUUUUCAAACUGUUCUGCAUUGAUUUUAUAGGCUGCAGGCAGCCUUCCCCACUAGCGUAUCAUGACCUGCCCUCUCCUCUGUCUUUCAGACUUUCUCAAGCUCCAAGGAUGGUUUCAAGGAGGGCCGUGGUGACUCUUCUGGUGGUGUAUGGGAUGGCCAUGCUGGCCGAGCAGACUGAAGGCUUCUUACCCAUUUUCACUCACAGCGACAUACAGAGGAUGCAGGAGAGAGAAAGAAACAAAGGGCAGAAGAAGUCCCUGACCUUGCAGCAGCGAUCGGAAGAAGGAGACUUUACUGGGCCCUCCAACAUGGAGGGUGUCAGUGAGGGUGAGAUGAUCAAGCUGACUGCUCCUGUGGAAAUCAGAAUGCAGCUCAACUCUAGGCAGCUGGAAAAAUACCAAGGUGUCCUGGAGAAACUGCUAACUGAGAUGUUACUGGACACUGAAAACGCUAACUGAAUCAGAAGCGUAAGGCGGUGCCGCUUGCUAACCUAAAAGCCUACACGCAUGUAAACUGAAUCUGUCAAGGGUUUCGAAACAAUCUGAUGCGAGCUAAUAAAAUGUGCAGUUUAAUUAAAUGAA